CACCUGAUUUGAAAGUGGGAUAACUUCUUCAUCCCAACUCCUAUGAGAUUUAUUCAACUUCCUGGUGUUUCUCCUGUUGAGAUGAGCUGAGGAAUAUGAGGAGAGUUGUUCAGGGUUGAAGAGGUUGAGAUGUUGAGUAGAGGAGAAGGAUUGGUCUUAGGGAGAACUGUCCGUACAGGUCCGUACAGGUCCGUACCAUGGCCGUACGGCCGUACAGACGGUAUCGACCAUGCGGUAAAGGAGUGUUACCGCGUGAAGAAGUUACUCGACCAGAUCAUGUUUUACCUCGACCAAAGAAGGCAUAUGACCGUUGAUGGAAAGAGGAGGAGCGUCUCUACAGGCUGGCACAAGCUGGAAGGAUAAGGUUCACUUUUAGAAUAGUGACCACGCGUGUGGAGAGGCUCAUUGGUCCGGUUCAAAGUAAAGGCUACCUUAGCUUUGACCUCACAUGCUUAGUCUCUUCUUAAACCCUAGUAUCACACUCCUAUAUAUUGUAAACACUCUCUCAUAAUAAGAUUAAGCGGAUUAUCUCAUUCUUACUCUAGUCUCUCUCUUGUUCAUCAUGGAUCAUACCUAAUCUUUCCAUUUCGUUCACAAUCUCACCUAAACUUCUCUUAAUCUCUUACCAAACCUCUCUUAAUCUCUCAAUACCUAUUCUACUCUCUAAAAUCUCAUGGUAUCAGAGCCAGGUUGGCUUUGGUAUUGAGAGACCCUAGUUUCUUUCUUUACAUUUGCGAGUUUGUUCUUGUGUGAUAAAGAAGAGGAGAUGGAGACGACCAACUUUAGCAAACUGAUAACGGUUCCGGUUGCACUGAAAGGAGGCUCGAACUACUUGAUGUGGUCUCAGUUGGUGAGGACAACCAUUGGAAGGCUAGGGCUGUGGAACCACAUCACUGAUGAUGGUCCGGAGCCAGUGGCCAAAGAAGAUGAAGAAGAAGGCGACGGGAAGACUCUUGCGGUAGCUGAAGCAAAGAGAUGGGUCCAAGAGGAUUUGAUGGUGCUGUCUGUGCUCCAUGCCUCUCUGGAGCUCCCCAUCCUUGAAGCUUACGUGCACUUUGAGACUCCUAAGCGUCUUUGGGACAUGCUCCAUAAGAGGUAUGGAAACAAGUCCAACAUAAGUCGUGUGUUUGAUCUGAAGCAAACCAUCAGCACCUUGAAGCAAGAUGGAGAAGAUCUCACCAAGCACAUGGGGAAGUUUGGAGCUUUGUGGUCCGAACUUGAGAGUCUUAGACCCAACACAACUGAUGAAGAAUCGCUCAUGGAGAGGAGAGAGCAAGAUCAGGUGUUUGGGCUGCUAAUGACUCUAGAUGAAAGCUACCAGGAUGUGAUUAAACAUAUCCUGAGAUCACCUACUCUCCCAUCCAUGGAGGAGGUAUGCGCACAACUUCAGAAGGAGGAAGGCUCUCUUGGGUUGUUUGGAGGCAAGUAGGGAAUGUCCACGGCUCAGAAAGCGGAAGAGGCGCAAGCAAACAAGGCAGCAUACCGUGGAGAUGGAAGGAAGUAUGAGAAGUAUGAGGGAAGCUGUGAGCAUUGCAAGCGGCAGGGGCAUAAGAAGGGCCAGUGCUGGAUUUUACAUCCACACCUCAGGCCGAGCAAGUUCAACAAGGAUAGAGAAGCUAAGGCUCACCUUUCUGCUGAAGCAAAUGGUGCUGGCUCAUCAGGGGCUAGUCCAAAUGUCAAGGCGGGUGAAAGUGAAGGCAGAGCUCUAACUUCUCAGGAGGUGAUCACCAAGGCUGACUUUGAGGCAUUCAUCCGAGCUCUCAAGGAGUCUGGAUAUUAAGAGCAGUAAGUUGAUUGGGCAAGGAGCAACCAAGGGGGAUCUUUACAUGAUUGAAGACCUUGCACCUAUUUCUAGUUCUUGUUUCUCGUUUAGUUCUGUUUCUUCCUUAAGUACUGAUGCUCUGUGGCAUGCUAGACUAGGCCAUCCAUAUGUUAGGGCUUUAAGCAUUAUGUUACCAGGUGUCAUGUUUAAAAAUAAUGAUUGUGAGGCUUGUAUUUUGGGUAAACACUGUAAGACUGUUUUUCAAAGAUCAUCUACUCUUUAUGCAAACUGCUUUGAUUUAAUUCACUCUGAUGUUUGGACUGCACCUUGCUUAUCUAGGGAUGAUUACA